GGGUAACGUAUUGGUGAACUCCAUAUUUACCAUCUUAUUGGAUGGACUUACGUCAGGUUUAUUCGCGGUCAUUGGUUCCACGUUGGCGAUCGUACUGUUUGGCGAGAUCACGCCUCAGGCAGUGUGUUCCCGACAUGGCUUGGCUGUUGGUGCGCAUACCAUCUGGAUAACGAAAGCUGUAAUGGGUAUGACAUUCCCCCUUUCUUAUCCAGUUGCCAAAUUCCUGGAUUGCAUUCUAGGGGAAGAAAUCGGCAACAUAUACACUAGAGAAAGACUUAAAGAGCUGGUGAAGGU